GUACUAUGACUAUAUUUACGUAACCCCACCUUCUGUUUCAGUGUUGAUCAGUUUCCUUCUUCUAUAGUGAGAGAAAGUAAGUGCAGCAGCAGUUGAGUCUGACAAGAGAGCCUCAAUCCUCCUCUUCCCACUGUCGACACUUACGACAUGUCUCAUCGAAACUCGCAGAUUCCCGAAAAGAGUGUACAAGAAUCCCUAGAAUUAGAGUCCUAAUUAAUCUUAAAAGGGGGAUUUAAUAGAAAUUAAUUAAAUCCAUGGCCAUGUACUACCAAAGUAGCUCAGAAAUCCAAGCUGAUGGCCUCCACACACUUUAUCUCAUGAACCCUAAUUACAAUAUAGGCUACUAUGACACCCAACCCCAAUCCAACAUGCUCGUGCCCCACGCGCCGCCGCAGCAAGAUCACCACUACAGCAUGUGGGGCAGUAAUAAUCUACAGACGCCGCCGCGAGGCCUGUCGCUCAGCCUCGCCGCCCACCACCAACAAACCAAGCCGGAUCACGAAUUCCCGGCGGAUAACUCAUCGCCGCCGUCGCACGGCGGCGUCAGUAGCGCCAUCAUGGGCUCUAAAUACCUGAAGGCCGCUCAGGCGCUUCUAGAUGAAGUGGUCAACGUCGGAAACCACCGCACCGAUAAGGCGAAACCGAUCAAAAACCCGGCCGCCGCCGCAGCUCCAUCUGCUAACAAAGACGGCGCAGCCGUCUCCGAUCUCACCACAGCUCAGAGACAGGAGAUUCAGAUGAAGAAAGCUAAACUACAUAGCAUGUUGGAUGAGGUGGAGCAAAGAUGCCGACAGUAUGAGCAGCAGAUGCAGAUGAUCGUGGCAGCGUUCGAGCAGGCGGCGGGGACGGGGUCGGCGCGGUCGUACACGCAGCUGGCCUUGAAGACAAUCUUGAAGCAAUUCCGGUGUCUGAAAUCCACGAUUUGCGCGCAGAUGAAGGCCUUGAACAAGAGCUUGGGGGAGGAGCAAGGCUCGGAGCUGCCGAGGCUGAGGUUUGUGGAUCGGCAGCAGGUAGGGAUGCUGCACAACAAUGCGUGGAGACCGCAGAGAGGGCUGCCUGAGAGAGCUGUCUCGGUGCUUCGUGCUUGGCUCUUUCAACACUUUCUUCAUCCGUACCCUAAGAACUCGGACAAGCAAAUGCUUGCUAAGCAAACAGGGCUUACCAGGAGUCAGGUAUCGAACUGGUUCAUAAACGCCCGAGUUCGUCUAUGGAAACCCAUGGUUGAAGAGAUGUAUCUCCAAGAAACCAGCAUCAAAGCCGAGCCCACAAUCUUGAGUGAUCAUCAUCACCCCCUCACAGCCGCCGACAACUCUCUCUCUCUAGCGCUCCCGCCCGCCCACCCCUUUCUCUCUCAUCGGACCUUUGAAGCUUACCAGCUGAUUGAUUUCCACAACAGGAAGCCGUUUCCGCCGCCGGAUCUCGUCGCCUCAACACCUGCCUCUGGAUUUAUUAAUUAAUUAAAUAUAUAUACACCUUUAUUUUCAUGUCUGGUAUACAAAAGUGUUGUUGAAUUAUUUAGAUUAAUUGGAAAGAUGUAUAUUGUUAUAUACGUACACAAGUUAGAAUAGGGUUAAUAUAUACUGUCGUGUGUGCACUUUGUAUAGUGGAACAAAAAAUACAUUUUUACAAAA